AUGGUGCAUGGGUUGCCACAAAUGAAGGCUCCACUGAAAUUGUGCAAAGACUGCUUGGUAGGGAAACAACAAUGUGAUCCAUUUCCUAAAAAGAGUACUUGGAGAGCUUCACAAGUUCUGCAAUUAGUUCAUGCCGACAUUUGCGGACCUAUCAAGCCUGUUUCUAAUAGCAACAAAAGGUAUUUGCUCACCUUUAUUGAUGACUACAACAGAAAAUUAUGGGUCUAUUUUCUAACUGAAAAGUCUGAAGCUUUUGCUGUUUUUAAAAAAUUCAAGGCAAAUGUUGAGAAUGAGACCGGUUUUUUUGUUAAAAUUUUACACACUGACAGAGCUGGAGAGUUUACAUCACAAGAAUUCAAUGAUUUUUAUGAUAAUAAUGGCAUAAAAAGACAAUUGACAGCUGCUUAUACGCCUCAGCAAAACGGCAUCGCUGAAUGCAAAAAUCGAACUAUUAUGAAUAUGGUUCGCAGUAUGCUUUCAGAGAAGAAAGUUCCAAACUCUUUUUGGCUAGAAGCUGUUAAUUGGACAACACAUGUUUUGAAUCGCGGAAUCAGUGAAGAAUCAAAAGCUUAUCGUAUUUAUGAUCCAAUUUCCCAACGUAUCAUCAUAAGCAGAGAUGUUGUAUUUGAAGAAGACAAACAAUGGGAAUGGGAAAAGCAGCAUGAACAAUCCAUUGUUUGCGACUUGGAAUGGGAAGAUGAUGAGGUGCAAGAGAAUAAUGAUCAAGAACCAUAUUUUGUACCUGAACAAGUCGAAUCUGACGAUAAUGAUGCGGAGGUAACCAUGUCUCUUUCUGACUCUGAUUCUAGUUCUUCAAAUUCAUCUGCUACUUCUAAUCUUGAAAGAACUAGAAUGCCACCAGUUUGGAUGAAUGAUUAUGGGACAGGUGAAGGACUUUCUGAAGGGGAAGCUAAUAUGGUUCUGUAUGCAAAUAUUGGUCCUAUUCAUUUUGAAGAUGCUGUAAAAGAUGAAAAAUGGAGGCAAGCUAUGGAUGUGGAGAUGGAAGCCAUAAAAAAAAAAUGGCACAUGGGAGUUGACAGAUUUGCCGGCAGGAGGAAAAUCAAUUGGAGUAAAAUGGCAUGCAUGGAGACAAUUCGGCUGGUGAUUGCACUCGCAGCUCAAAAGGGGUGGCCUAUUUACCAGUUCGAUGUGAAAUCUGCUUUUUUACCCGGUGAAUUAACUGAAAAUGUGUUUGUGGAACAGCCUUGUGAUUUUAAAAGGUCCAUGAAAAUUGAGUUUGAUAUGACAGGUCUAGGGAGAAUGAAAUAUUUUCUUGGUUUGGAAAUUUUCCAAAAUUCAGAUGGAAUUUUUCUUAGUCAAAGAAAAUAUGCCUUGGAGGUUUUGCAGAAAUUUGGAAUGCAUAACAGUACUGCUGUUUAUAAUCCCAUUGUUCCAGGUGUUAAGCUUGUUAAAGAUGAAAGUGGAGCUACGGAUGAGAAGACAUACUACAAACAAAUAGUGGGUAGUCUUAUGUAUCUCACCGCAACUCGGCCGGAUAUGAUGUUUACUGUAAGUCUUGUAAGUAGAUACAUGGAUAGUCCCACUCAACUUCAUUUUCAGGCUGCAAAAAGGGUGCUUAGAUAUUUGAAGGGAACUACAGAUUUGGGGAUUUUCUACAAGAAGGGGGGAGAUAAUGAGCUGAUUGCUUAUGCAGACAGUGAUUAUGCCGGAGAUUUGGAGGAUAGGAAGAGCACUUCAGGCUAUCUAGUAGUUAGUUUAUCCACUACAGAGGCGAAAUUUAUUUCAGCUGCUUCAUGUGCAUGCCAAGCUGUAUGGUUGACAAGAAUUUUGAAGAAGCUGGAUCCUAAGCAAGACAAGUCAGUUAUGAUUUGUUGCGACAAUAAUUCUGCCAUUAAGCUUUUAAAAAAUCCAAUGAUGCAUGGACGAAGCAAGCAUAUAGAUGUUCGGUUUCAUUUUCUACGAGAGCUUACUAAAGCUGGCACUGUUGAAUUGGUGUACUGUGCUUCACAAGAACAGCUGGCUGACAUCAUGUCCAAGGCUCUCAAACUGGAUGCCUUUUUGAAGUUGCGAGCUUUAUUGGGCAUAUGUUCAAAGGAAUCAGUUAUCAACUGA